UGCUGCUGCUUCAUUCAGCAAUGUGGAUUCGUUCUCUUGGAACCACAGUAUCUCAGCAGGUAAAGAAGAACAUCUGUGAAUAUCUUCUUCUUACCAAGGUUAGUUCCAUAUCCUUCUAUUCCUCUGUGAGUGUUGCUAAUACUUCUGAAAUUAAGAACUCUUCUUCUUUUAUUGUAAUAUCAUACCUAAUUAAUUCAGGUGGAUUAUCAGAGAAUGAAGCUAUUUCUGUUUCCAAGAAAAUCCAUUUUGAAACAACAUCAAAACCAGACUCAGUUAUUAGUCUACUUGAAAGCUAUGGAUUUACCAAGCCUUGCAUUUCAAAACUCAUUACUAAGAGACCAUCUAUACUCUCAUCUGAACCAGAGAUAUCCCUUAAACCCAAGUUUGAUUUUUUCAUAUCUAAAGGGAUUUCUGGAAUUGGCCUAGCAAAAUUCAUCUCCAGUGACCCACGUAUUCUUAGAGAGAGCCUAACAACCCAAAUAAUCCCAGUAUUUGAUAUCCUCAAGGGCAAUGUUCAUUGUGAUGAGAAUGUAAUUACCAUCCUCAGACGCCACCCAUGGAUUCUUGGGAACAAGUUAGGUAUCAAAAACAUGAUGCUCAACAUUGAGCUUUUGAGAGAUGAAGGUGUCCCUCAAUCCAAUAUUUCGAGGUUCUUAAUCGAGCAACCAAGAUCAUCUACGGUAACCACUGUUAAAUUCAAGGAGAUUAUAGAAGAGGUUAAGUCUAUGGGAUUCGAUCCUUCAAAAACUGCAUUUCUUCCUGCUAUCCAGACGUUGACAGGAAUGAGCAAAUCUACCUGGGAAAAGAAGAUGAAUGCAUAUAAGGGAUGGGGUUGGUCAGAAGACGUAAUUAUGAACGCAUUUAAGCAUCAAACUCAGUGUAUGGGGACUUCUGAGAAAAAGAUAACCUUGACCAUGGAUUACCUUGUGAAUCAAAUGGGUUGGAGCUCAUCUCUUAUCGCUAGCCACCCAGUGGUUUUUAGUUAUAGCUUGGAGAAGCGGAUCAUACCCAGGUGUUCAGUUUACAGAAUUUUAACUUCCAAAGGUCUGGUUAAGAAUCAAUUUGCCAUGAGUUCACUUAUAAUUAUGCCAGAGAAGGCUUUCUCAAUGAAGUUUGUAAAAGAGUAUGCUGAGGAAGUUCCAGAACUGUUGAAUGUCUAUCAAGGAAAGUUUAAUUCCCAAGAAUUGCCUAACAGUAGUGCCUCUGGAAGGUUAUCAGAAGGAAAAUAGGUAUUAACUCGAGAUCUUUCUUGUUGUUUUUAUUUGAUUGACAAUAUUUCCUUUUCUGUGGUAAGAGUUCUGUGAUUCGAGGGAUAAAAUAAUGUAUAUUGGUUUGUCUGCCCCUAGAUUCAAUUCGAGCUCACUGUUACAGAAUGAGAAUUUAAGGAAGGAAUUAUUAUCUGUAUUUUACAAUCCAUGAGUUUCUAUAUGUUUAUCAUAGAACCUCACACUAUCAAACAUUAUAUUCUAGAAGUCCAACAAAUGAUAAAUUCGAUAUAUUAGAUAUCCUG